GUUGCGGUGGUCGAACGCAUAUCGGCGCGUAUCCCUCGCACUACACUCUUUCUUGGAUAUUUCGCUGUUCCUUCGGGACCUUGGUCAGGAACCCCUGCCUCGCAGACCCUCCUGACGCAUUCAUUGCUGCCUCUCUGUAUCAUUUACCUGCUCCCUCUGUCUCCUUCUAAGACUACCCGAAGGAGAUUUGUGUAUUGUGAAUAGUAUGAAAAUUUGUGUUGGAGCGACUUCGUUAUAGGAACAUGCUACUGAGGUAUAUCUUCGACUCUUCUGGAAUGGGCCUUUUGCCUGGGUACACGACGCACACCAAACGGCCCGGGGCCUCGCAGGCGUGGCGGUGCAUGGGUGCACUACUCGCACUCGCAUCCCUCGCGCUGGCGAUGGAAGUCGUAGACCCGGAAUUACUUCGGCAGAGCCAUGAGGCCGCGGUCUCUUCUCUCCUGCAAGAUCCCGCCCUGCCUGACGCCGCCCACGAUCACCGUGCCCCCCGUUCAAUUCAACAGAUUCCCCUUGGCACGUCAGGCUUCUCACUUCCUGUCGACAUUGAUCCCAUUCCAUCAGGCCCUCGCGUCACGAUGCCGCACAUCAGCUUCCGAGACAUGGGGAACAUCGUACACCAAGCAACAUUAGCUGUCAACGAAAGGUUCGACUCCAUAGAACCAGCCAUAUUCAACAGCGGUGCGCGACAGGUGCCAGGAACUCCUGCGUGGUACAUGGCAGCGUCGCACAAAACGAAGGUCGUGGCCAAAAACAUCUCGCGAAUCGCUCUCAUCUCUGAGGAAGCCACCAAAUAUAUGGCCCAGCAAUUCCGCCUAGACAAGGACCAGGUGACGUAUGGCCUGCCGACGGCCGACGUGCGAGGGACUGUCCUUGCCGACUCCUGCCCUGUUGAGGUCGAUUUCCCUUGCCAGCCCCGCAAGUACCGCGCCUUUAACGGCUACUGCAACAACGUUCAGAAUCCUCGCUGGGGCAACGCCAACACCCGCUACCUACGCUUCCUUCCGGCCAACUAUGGGGAUGGCGUCUCUGUGCCCAGACAGACGUCCGCCGGAGAGUUCCUUCCCUCGGCUCGGGCCGUCAGCCUGGCCAUACACCGUGACCACGACACGCCGCACAAGUACAUGACGGCCAUCGCUGCUGUGUUUGGCCAGUUUCUCGCCCACGAUCUCUCCCACACGCCACAGAUGGCAGGGUACAUCGGCCAGCGCCUUCGCUGUUGCGGCGUCAACUUCAGCGACUUCCACCCCGAGUGCUACCCGAUUCGAAUCCCCGACGACGACCCGGUCUACGGCCCAUUGCAACAGCGCUGCCAGGAAUACGUGCGAUCAGGCACCGCACCCAGGACUGGCUGCACAUUAGGUCCUCGGGAACAGAUCAACCAAGUGACGUCUUUCAUCGACGGUUCAGUCCUAUAUGGGUCAAGCAAGGAGGAAUCCGACGAUCUGAGGGCCUUCACCGGAGGCCUCCUAAAGGUGCAACGUGGACCAGGCGGGACACAGAUCCUUGUAGAGGACGAAAACCAAGUGGACUGCAAGGCUCCCACAUCGAGACACAAGUGCUUCAAGUCCGGUGACGUGAGAGUGAAUGAGCACGUGGGAAUCGCCUCCAUCCAUCAGCUCUUCGUUCGCGAGCACAACCGCAUCGCCGCCGCCCUGGGAGACCUCAACGCCCACUGGACCGACGAACAGAUCUUCCAGGAGGCGCGACGGCUCGUCGGCGCCGAGAUUCAGCACAUCGCUUACACGGAAUUCCUGCCCUCCAUCCUAGGACAGGGAAUCGUUGAGAAAUACGGACUGACUCUCCAAACUUCUGGAUUCUUCUCCGGUUAUGAUAUCAAUAUCAACGCUGGAAUUGCAAAUUCUGUUGCUGGGGCAGCACUCAAGUUCGUGGCUUCCAUGAUGCCCAACAACAUUGCUUACUUUGCCGAGGGGAAAAACCUGAAAUCUGUGGACCUUCGCAAGUGGAAGACGGCGAGCCCGAACUUCAUCAUCCCGGACCAGAUGCUGGCGGAGAGCAUCGAGCGAGCUAAGCGCGAUAUCGGCAGCAUGAGGGACUCGGAGUGGAAUCUCUGGGAGAGCAAUCGUGUUGCUCUAUGCAGUGUCAUUUGUAAACAGCAAACGAUAACAGGCUCUGCCACUUGCAGAGAAGUUGAUGACAUCGACCUCUUCACUGGCGGUCUAGCGGAGAAACCGAACCGCGGUGCUCUCGUCGGCCCGACUUUCGGCUGCCUUAUCGGCCGACAGUUCCACUACCUUCGCCGUGGCGAUCGCUACUGGUACGAGAACGACAUCCCUCCGUCAGGGUUCUCUAAGGAACAGCUAUAUGAGCUCCGUAAGGUGACCCUCGCUAGAAUCGUGUGCGACAACAGCGACGGACUGGAGUACGCGCAGCCGAAGGUCAUGCUGGAAGCUGACUCCUUCUUGAAUGCCCGUAUGUCAUGCCAGGGGAAAAACCUGAAAUCUGUGGACCUUCGCAAGUGGAAGACGGCGAGCCCGAACUUCAUCAUCCCGGACCAGAUGCUGGCGGAGAGCAUCGAGCGAGCUAAGCGCGAUAUCGGCAGCAUGAGGGACUCGGAGUGGAAUCUCUGGGAGAGCAGGGGCGGGAGGAAGCCCCGUGACCUGACCAUGACCUACGAGCCCCGCUCCAUGACCUACCAGCCACAUCCCAUGACCCACGAAGUCAUGCACGCCUUGGUAGACCGCAGCGACGUGGGCCUGAGCCCCCGGGUAGUGCGGGAGGCAGAGGAACUGCUGCAGGACUGCUUCGACGUGGGCGUCCGCGCAUGGCGGUACCUGCGCUCACACGAGAGGGAGAUGUGGAACAAGAGAUUGGUCGCGUCUCCCAAAAGUCCUGUCGGAUCCGCCUACGCCUUCAACAAGCCCAAGAGUCAAGCCAUCAAGAUCUCGAACGCAUCCUUUAUCCUGCAGUUCGCGUCCGCUCGCUUCGUCAACAACUACUUCGCAGGGGAGCCUGGUGUACGAAAAGGACGUAAUACCGACAGACAGCUGAAGGACAUAGAGUCCGGCUCCCCAAACAACGUAGUGGACUUGAUGGAGGUCCUGCCGAACAUCGACGUCAGCGACAUCAUGGAAAUCCCCAACGUGUUUGAGUGCGACGACCAGACGCUGCCCUGUGACCACACCUCCAAGUUCCGCACCGCCACGGGCUGGUGCAACAACCUAAACUUCCCUUCCUACGGAAAGUCCUUCAGGGCCAAGACCCGUCUCCUCAGACCCGCCUACGAAGACGGUCUCUCCAAACCCCGCACGACUUCCAAAGUCGGCCGCUCGCUCCCGUCGCCGCGCCUGAUUUCCACCAACAUGCACAAUGAUGUGUCGGCACCGCACGUACGCUACACACUGAUGGUCAUGCAGUGGGGGCAGUUCAUUGACCACGAUGUGAUUUUCACGCCAGUCAAUAAAGGCUUCCAGGACUCCAUCCUAGAUUGCAGGAGGUGCGACUCCCACCAGACAGUCCAUCCCGAGUGCUUCCCCAUCCCCAUUCCCGACAACGACCCGUUCUUCCCUCCCGUUAACAUCUCGUCCGGCCAGCCCUUCUGUAUCCCACUCACCCGCUCCAUGCCGGGGCAGCUCACCCUCGGCUACAGGGAGCAGAUGAAUCAGGUGACAGCGUUCAUCGAUGCUUCUCACACGUAUGGAUCAGACAAGUGUGAGCAACGCACCCUACGAUUCUUGAAGGACGGCCUGCUGAAGGCAACUACCAACCCGCUGCGAGGAAAGCCUCUCCUGCCGACCGAAUCCGAGAACCACGAAUGCCAGGCGCCUUCCGGCCGGUGCUUCACUGGAGGUGAUACUCGUGCCUCGGAGCAGCCAGGACUCGCUGUCCUCCACACGCUGCUCUUGCGCGAGCACAACCGUGUGGCCACAGAACUGAAGACCAUGAACCCUCACUGGAGCGAUGAACAGCUGUUCCAGAACGCACGGCGGAUAGUAACGGCCGUCAACCAACACAUCACGUAUAACGAAUGGCUUCCCCGAGUGCUGGGAUGGAACGCUAUCAACCUAUAUGGUCUUAACCUAAUUCCAGAAGGAUACUUUGAUGGAUAUGACCCUUACUGCAACCCGACGAUUUUAAAUGAGUUUGGAAUCGCCUUCCGUUUCGGCCACUCGCUCCUGAAACCGUCGCUGGAGCGCAUGGACGGCAUUUUCGCCAAGCGCGACCCUCCCAUCAAACUCAGCGACCAUUUCUUCAAUCCCGACCUCUUAUACCAGCCCGGCAUGAUCGACGAAAUCAUCCGCGGCCUCACAACGGUAUCCAUGGAGACAUUGGAUCAGUUCCUCACUGAUGAGGUCACGAACCAUCUGUUCGAGGACAGGAAGCUUCCGUUCUCUGGCCUUGACCUCGCAGCACUGAACAUCCAGCGCGGGCGCGAUCACGGCCUGCAGCCCUAUAACGAGUACCGCGCACUCUGCAACCUCACGAAGGCGAGGAAUUUCGACGACCUGCGACGCGAAAUCGCCGCACCUGUCAUUGAGAGACUGAAGCGCACCUACGCCCACGUGGACGACAUCGACCUGUUCACUGGAGGACUGGUGGAAACGCCACUGCACGGAGGCCUCGUAGGACCCACCUUCGGCUGCAUCCUUGGCAUUCAGUUCCGCAACCUACGCAUGUGCGAUCGCUUCUGGUACGAAAACGCUGAUCCUCUCGUGCGCUUCACUGACCCUCAGCUCACGGAGCUCCGAAAAGUGACUCUCGCAAAGGUCUUGUGCGACAAUUGUGAUUCUGUGGAAUCUGAACAGCGAUCAGCAUUCGACCUCCCCGAUCCCUUCUUAAACCCCCGCGUCUCGUGCCGCGACCUGCCCGGCAUCAACCUGGAGCUGUGGAAGGAGCGCGUGUCCUGCAGCGUCGGCACGACCAACAUCGACAUCGGAGCGGCAGAACGCAUCUCCCCGUGUGUGAUGUGCACGUGCACCAAGGAGGGGCCUGUGUGCCAGAGCCUGAAGAUCGACAACUGCUUCCACCUGGCGCAGUCCUACAGCCCCGAGGCCAUCCUCAACGACCACGUGUGCAAGGUCCAGUGCGCCUUCGCCUUCCGAGCUUUCCCGAAGGUCGCAGCGCAAGACUCGAACCAGCUCGGCUUCGCGAACAGAUAAACAGGUCAAACGCUCACAAUUGCUGACAUUUUGCAUAAUUAUCCAAAUGAUACUUCAAAACCACGAUAUUGGAUGAGGUUCUGAAUGAUCCCGAUGCUUGUCAAAUGCCAACUCUCGUUUUUGUUACAAGGAGUCCGUCUUGGUCCUAGUAUUAUGUCGAUGAUUCAUCAAAGCUUAAAUAUUGAUAUCCUCUCUUCUUCCUCCAUUCAUCUUUUUUAACUAAUACGAUGUGUUCGUUUUUGUUGUUGAUAACUGUGUUAAUCAUCUUUUAUUAGUAUUAUUUUUCAUGUUUCGAAUAUAUUCAUUAUACACCUUUUGUCGAUUAUUCGAACAUUAAUUUCAUUCUUAGAAAAAGAAGUAGAAAAAUCAAACAAACAAGUGAGACCGCUGAAGGAGCGUGCAUCUCCUGGGGAAUGUGCUGUGUGGCUUCCUGCGUUUUUAUACAAAAAUUCUCGGAUACCCUCCGUAAAGCGUUCACAACGUAUAGGAGAGUGUCUAUCUCCCUUUGGAAAUUUAGUCUAUUUGUGAUGGUACAUAACGUCUUCAUUGUUUAAUCAUAAAAUAACUCCAAGUGAUAAAGAGUUAUUAAAAUGAAGAAAGCCAAAUAAUUUGCAAUAACCAGGGUUAUAUAUUUUUGUCUUGUUUUCCGAACUGCAGUAUUGUAGCUAUAGUUAUUAACUAUUUAGA